GGUCGAAGCCGAAGUCAUGGACUCGAAAUUCUUCUAAAUUCCCAACUAUUUGACAUAUAUAUACUUUUGUAUAAGAUGAAUUAGUGUUUUAUUGCUUAAUUAGUUAUUACAAGAUGUCUCAGACAAAGAGAGCAUGGAAACUUCAGGAGUUUGUAGCCCAUGGUGCGAAUGUGAACUGUUUGGCAAUGGGUCACAAGACAGGCCGAGUGAUGGUGACAGGAGGUGAGGACAGGAAGGUCAACCUGUGGACGGCUGGAAAACCAAACUGUAUCAUGAAAACAGAGGAAUCAAUUGGAGAUUUUACCUCCAUGAUGAGCCUGGCUGGUCACACAACACCUGUAGAUUCUGUGAGAUUUGGACACAAUGAGGAGAUGGUUGUGGCUGGCUCUAUGUCCGGAGCGCUUAAAAUAUGGAACCUUGAGGAGGCCAAAAUAUUAAGAACAUUGACAGGACAUAAAUCAAGUGUAAAGAGUUUAGACUUCCAUCCAUAUGGUGACUAUGCUGCAUCGGGAUCACAAGAUAGUACUAUAAAGUUAUGGGAUAUACGUCGUAAAGGUUGUAUAUAUACAUACAAGGGUCAUACAAAUCCUGUGAACACGUUGAGGUUCAGUCCAGAUGGAAAGUGGAUAGCUUCUGGUGGAGAGGAUGGACUGGUUAAGAUUUGGGAUUUGACUGCUGGCAAGCUAUUGACAGAUAUGCGACUACAUACUGCUGGUGUUAAUGUGAUAGAAUUCCAUCCUAAUGAGUUACUACUGGCAUCUGGUAGCUCAGACAAAACAGUAAAAUUUUGGGACUUAGAAACAUUCCAGCUGAUUUGCACAACAGAUACAGAUGCCAGUCCCAUCAGGUGUUUAUACUUUCACCCGGAUGGUACCUGUGUUUACUCUGGUGUUAAAGAUUUCCUGAAGGUGUAUGGCUGGGAACCAACACAGUGUUAUGACUCUGUACCUAUUACUUGGGGAGAAGUGGCAGACAUGAGCCUAGCUCAGAAUCAGCUUAUUGGUGCUUCAUUUUCAAAGACAAAUGUCUCGACGUUUGUAAUAGAUCUGAAAAGAAUACAACCACACGGUGGAGUGCCACAUCAAGAAGGAGGUCAACAACUAUCCAGGUACAGUGUCACUGACUUUCUAUUAACAGUUUUUGCUAAAUACCACAUCUCUAGCUUGGUAGCCAAUCAGAAGUCUGUUCAUUACCUUUGUAGCUAAUUAUCAUUUAGCCAGCUGGUGGCAA